AUGUCUCACGUGAACUGCAUGAAGCUGGUCGAGAAGCACAGGCCCGAGACCGUCACGGAGGACCAAAUCUUCCGGGCGCUGGAGGUCUCGGCCAAGGGCAUGCCGCGACCCUCCGAGAUCCUUCCCGGAGAGGGCGCCUUUGAGUGGCAGAGGCCUGGGAAGCUUUACCUGGGCGGCAUGCACGCGGCGAUGAACAGCGAGUUUCUGGCCUCGGGGGUGCGGCUCGUGGUGAACACCGCCAAGGGCCUGGAGACCUUCGGGCCCCAGUGGGCCAGGGCACAGGCGAGAAGCCGCGAGAGGGGCUUGGAGCUCUUGGAGCUGAACUGGUUGGACGACGCCGCCUUCCAGAUCGACCGGGAGGCCUUGAAGACAGCCCUCCAGGUGGUCCAUGCGACCUUAGCCAACGCCAGCGUGCUGGUGCACUGCGCCCAAGGGAAAUCCCGGUCCUCCACGUUGGUGGUGGCGUAUCUCUGCGUCGUGAUGAACAUGGAGUCACCAGAGGCCUUGCGCUACGUACAGACGCGGCGCGCCCUGGCAGAGCCCAACGUGGGGUUUAUGCAGCGCCUGCGGUCUUGGGACAAAGAUGGCGCCUCGGCCCCUAACCCGCCUUGCGACUUCGUGGAGUCGGCUCUGGCCUACAUUUGCAAUGGCCCGCGGGAAGCUUGGAGCAAUGGAAAGAGGAAGUUCAAAGCGCAAGAUCCCGUCUAUCAAGGCGCGGUGGACGUGGCACAGAUGGCCCACAGGAAGCAGAUCUCGGAGAAGAACCGCGUGCCCAAGGGGGACCGCGAUGCCUGCGACAUUCCCCCCAUCUUCGGCGGCAGCAUGUUCGGCGGCAACGUCGGCAAAGAUAUCUUCCCGGAGCCGACCGCCUCUCGCGAGGAGGCGCAGACGGCCGGGAAGAAGAAGCGGAAGAGGAUGGCGGCCCAGGAAAGACGCGCGGCGUCGAAGCCUGUUGGCACCCUGCCAGCCUUGCCCAAGGCCGCGGCGGCGCCGAACAAAGAGAAAGACAAACUGGAGCUGCCAAAGCAGAAGGAGUUGGAGACUUGGUACUGA